AUGGUAUACCAACAGCACCAUGCAUGGUAUGUGUUCCCCGUAUGGGGUCACAUCACCAGUGCCAACGCUCUCAUUAUCAAGAUGCUUGAGGAAAACCCGGCUCUAGUUGUUACUUAUGUAACACAUAGCCUCGUUGACACCCGUAGAUUCCCCGAGUUCCCCAAAGAUCGAUUCCGUCUCUUGACCUUCGGUGACCCUGACAUCUCCAAAAAUGUGGGGAAGAACACCAUUGCCGAGGGCAUUGCUCAACUAUCCAAAUGCUGGAUAGAGACCCUGCAAGAAGCCUGUGAUGGUACACAAGCCUGGCCAAAGCCCACGGCCCUCAUGCUGGACCAGAAUGGAUCACUCCAUACUCUACCACAGGUUAGAAACCUUGUCGGACCUGAUUGCAAGGUAUAUAUGUACUGGGCAGGUAGUGCCGCACGUCUGUACUCGUUCCUUGCGCCGUCAGGUAAAGGUGGAUUUAGCGACUGGGAAAACAUUGUCGAUAAGUAUGUCUCCGAUGAGACAUUGCGAAAAGGUAGAGAGCGCAGUGAGAUCAUCGACAAGGUGUGCAUAGCGAAGAAUGGGUUUGAUGAGUUUAACGGUACGGUUAUCUCAAUUCCUGGAAUUCAGGAUAUGUACGACUAUGAGCGUGAAUUCGGCGAGGUUCCGCUGCAAGCAGGCGUAUCAUCGAUGCUCAGAGAGACUGUUAGUCUGGCAAAAGCAACUGAUGGCGUGGUGUGUGCCUCUUCCAUGGCUUUAGAGGGCGAGACCAUUGCUGCCUGCCAGACUUACACGAACGUACAUUCCGUCGGUGUCCAGGUUGCACCCAGGGGUUGGUCUAAGAACGAGUUGGUGGUGAAGGACGAGAGUCUGCGUGCUUUUCUCGACAGUCACGGAAAGGGAGAAGUUGUUCUGAUCUCAUUCGGGUCUCUCGUAUUUCCUACAAACAAAGCAAAUUUCCAGGCCUUGGUCUCAGCUCUAAUCGAGUCCAAGGACCCCUUCGUACUGGUUCUCGGGGGGAUGUUUGCAGGAAAAGCGAUUGAUCCAUCAGAAAUCAGCCGAAUUGACGACAGCGGUGUUGGCCAUGUAUGCAACAGAUGGGUGGACCAACAGGCACUUCUUCAACAUCCCUCGAUUGGGUGGUUAUUUGCACAUGGGGGAUUCAACUCAACAGUGGAAAGCCUCGUUCAGGGUAUCCCGCUCAUUGGCUGGCCUCUUGCUCCGGGAGACAACGCCAUCAACACGGCGGUUGUUUCCACGAGAAAGAACCCGGUCGCGUUUGAAGUGAUGCAGAUCCGUACUGGCAGUGCUAAAGGCAAACCCAGAAGAGGAGGAUCCGACAUUGUUGGAACGCCCGAAAUCGUUGAACAAGAAUUCAGAGAUAUCCUUACGAAGAUGAGGGGUAAGGAAGGAAGUGACAGGAGGGCAAAUGCUCAGGCUCUUGCUGAGGAACUGAAGAUUGAGAAGGAUACUGUAGCCAAGGAGAUCGUCUCCAAACUAGCUAUGACCUGA